GCCUCCGCGCACGCGCUGUGUCGGGACCGGCCGCGGCCGCCGGGGCUCGGAGCGCGUGGGGCUGUCGCCGCUGUCGCCGCUGUCGGGUGUGAGCGCCCCGUGCCCGCCGGGGGGAUGUCGGGCCGCCUGACGCGGCAGGAGGACGGGGAGAGCGCGGCGCUGCGCCACAGGGAGGAGCUGAGCCGGCAGAUUAAAGAGCAGAAGGUUGUAGUAGAUGAGCUUUCUAAUUUGAAGAAGAACAGGAGAGUUUAUAAGCAGCAACCCAACAGCAACAUAUUCUUCCUUGUGGACCGAACAGAAACGCUGUCUCAAUGCAAAAAUACAUUAGAUGAAUUAAAGAAGGCACAGCAGGAGAUGGAAAAUUCAGAAAAAGCUAAAAUGAAGAAAUAGUUCAUGUGAAUCCCAAGUCACAAUGUGUGGUAUUUGUUGUGUUGUUACUUUGUGUGGCCAACGUG